AUGGAUUCACUCAUAUAUCAGCUUGAUCUUGGCUUCGAAACAACCAGUACUGACCAUAUCCUAGCUAUCUGCGGUAGUGAUUUGCACAUGUAUCAAGGCCGAACAGCUGCAGAGUCAGGUCUGGUCUUUGGCCACGAGAACAUGGGCAUCGUCACCGAAGUUGGUUCAGGAGUAACUCUGCUCAAGAAAGGCGACCGUAUCGUGCUUCCCUUCAACGUAGCCGAUGGUAGAUGCAGAAACUGCGAGCAGGGCAAGACUGCCUUCUGUACUGGUGUCAACCCUGGCUUUGCAGGUGGUGCUUAUGGCUACGUAGCCAUGGGUCGCUACCAAGGAGGUCAGGCACAGUAUCUUCGCGUACCAUAUGCCGAUUUCAAUGCUCUUAUUCUACCUCCUGGUACCGAGAACGAGGCCGACUUUGCUCUUCUCGCUGAUAUCUUCCCGACCGGCUGGCACGGUCUCCAACUCUCUGGUUUCCAACCCGGUGACAGCGUCGCAGUCUUUGGUGCUGGUCCCGUAGGUCUGAUGGCCGCCUACUCUGCCGUCCUUCGUGGAGCCAGUAAGGUCUACGUUGUGGAUCAAGUCAAGGAGAGAUUGGAUGCUGCAAAGAAGAUCGGCUGUGAGGGCGUUGACUUCACCAAGAGUGACCCCGUAGACCAGAUCAUCAAGCUCAAUGGUGGAGAGAUGGUUGACCGCGCUGUCGAUGCUGUCGGCUACCAAGCAGUGGACAAGAGCGGUAAUAAGGAACAACCUAACAUUGUCCUUGAUCAACUCAUCCGCGUCACCAGAGCUACCGGCGGUCUUGGUAUUCCGGGACUUUACGUUCCCUCCGACCCUGGAGCUCCUGAUUCACAAUCUGCCAAAGGACAAAUCCUCAUUUCCUUCGGCAAGCUCUUUGAAAAGGGUCUUUUCCUCGGUACAGGCCAAUGCAACGUCAAGGCCUACAACCGCCAACUCCGCGACCUCAUCAUCUCUGGCCGCGCUAAGCCUUCGUUUGUCGUCUCUCACGAAGUCGACAUUGACGAGGCUGUCGAUGCUUAUGACAAGUUCGACAAGAGAAUCGAUGGCUACACCAAGGUGUUGUUGCAUCCCAAUGGGCCUUUGAGCCAGUUCUCCACCUAA